AUGGAAGACAUUUCCUCAACGUCGAUAGCAAACACCUUCCGAAACCUCGCAAAACGAUACUGCACCCACAAACAAAUAGAGACCGCAAACCAGGUGGAGGCGGUGGUGGACCAAGCGCUGCAGCAGGAUCCGGAUGACCCGAGUGCGGCACUCGUGCGCUUCGGAGCCCUGGUCCUCACCUUCCUGGAGCAAGGGCAGUGGAGCGCGGCCGUAGACGUGGGCAAUGUGGUCGUAGACACCCGAAAGGCGCUCUUGGGCGCGGACAACCCGGCCACCCUCACCGCCAUGCAUAAUCUCGUCUCUGCCUACUGCGGACAGGGCCGAUGGGGCGAGGCCAUCGAGCUGGGACGGCGCGUGGUCGAGGCCCGCCAGACGGUGCUGGGCAUGGACGGUUCGCAGACCAUGGCGUCCAUGUCCAACCUGGCGUCGGCGUAUCGCAACAAGGGCCACCUGCGACAGGCCGAGGCGCUGGAGAAGCAACUCCUCGAGUUGAAGACGAAAACCCUGGGACCCGAUCACCCGUCCACGAUGACCUCCAUGAGCAACCUCGCGACCACGUACACGUACAUGGGCCGGUACGACGACGCCGCCCGCCUCGAGCAGAGCGUCAUUGAGCGCAGCGCGCGCGUGCUCGGCGCCCGCCACGGGUCCACCCUGACUUACAAGUCCAACCUGUCGGUCACCUUCCGGGAGCAAGGCCGGUUGGAAGACGCCGAGAAGCUGGAAUCCGAGGUCCUGAACGCGAGGGUCACGAUCUUAGGGGAGCGGCAUCCGCUGUGUCUCACGUCGAUGGCGAACCUGGCGGCCAUCUAUCGGGAUCUGGGCCGGUUUGAGGAGGCGGAGCAGCUCGAGGCGCAGGUGGUGGAGAGGAGCCAGGAUGGGCUGGGCGGCGAUCAUCCGCAGACUUUCAUGGCCAUGGUCAACUUAGCGACCACCUGGCGGCUGCAGGGACGGCUAGAUGAGGCUGCCGCCCUCGGGGCGCGGGCCGUCGCCGCCAUGAAGCAGCAGCUGGGUGAUCUGCAUCCGCUCUGUCUGACGGCCAUGGCGGAGUUGGGGUUGACCUUCCAGAGUCAGGGGCGCACGCGGGAGGCGGAGGCACUGACGGCGCAGGCGUUGCGGGGCAUGCAGAAGGUGUUGGGAGAUAGUCAUCCCCAUUGCCUGACGACCGUGGCCAAUUUAGGGGUGAUCUAUCAGUCGCAGGGCCGGUGGAAGGAGGCCGAGGCCUUGGCGGAGCGGGCGGCGCGCGGCCGCGAGAAAGUCCUUGGCAAAUCCCAUCCGCUUACUCUGGCGUCCAUGCAGGAUCUUGUCCGGGUAUGUCAGGUGCUAGCUGCGGAUAGGACGAUGGAUACACGCGUAAGGAUUUCGGGUUGA